UCUGUAACGCUGAGACAGGUUCAGGGAAGGUUCGUGUAGGUGAGCAGGGCGGGGGGCCGUGGUCCUGGGCCGCUAUGAGCUGCACCAUCGAGAAGAUCCUGACAGACGCCAAGACGCUGCUGGAGCGGCUGCGGGAGCACGACGCGGCCGCAGAGUCGCUAGUGGAUCAGUCCGCCGCGCUGCACCGGCGGGUGGCCGCUAUGAGGGAGGCGGGGACGGCGCUUCCGGACCAGUAUCAAGAAGAUGCACCCGAUAUAAAGGACAUGUCCAAAUUCAAACCUCACAUUCUGCUGUCCCAAGAGAACACACAGAUUAGAGACUUGCAGCAGGAAAACAGAGAGCUAUGGGUUUCCUUGGAGGAACACCAGGAUGCUUUGGAACUCAUCAUGAGCAAGUACCGGAAACAGAUGUUACAAUUAAUGGUUGCUAAAAAGGCCGUGGAUGCUGAACCAGUCCUGAAAGCUCACCAGUCUCACUCUGCAGAAAUUGAGAGUCAGAUUGACAGAAUCUGUGAAAUGGGAGAAGUGAUGAGGAAAGCAGUUCAGGUGGAUGAUGACCAAUUUUGUAAGAUUCAGGAAAAACUAGCCCAAUUAGAGCUUGAAAAUAAGGAACUUCGAGAAUUAUUGUCCAUCAGCAGUGAAUCUCUUCAGGUCAGGAAGGAAAACUCAAUGGACACUGCUUCCCAAGCCAUCAAAUAACUCCACUUCUGAAUGACAGCUGGAGAUUGUCAAGGAAGGAAGUUAUUAUCUUUCUAUUUGAGUAUUGUCCAUGUAAUGUCUUGCCUCAGACUUGAUUUAGUGUUGAUUAAAGGUAUCAGGUGGCAGUUCAGAAAUUCGAAAUCAGAUUGGCUGUCCAUAAAACAGUUUUUGGGUGUGUUCGUGAAAAUACACACUGAGUUUCACCAUUCCUUUCUCUGAGAGACUACUUUUAAUUUUCAGUUCUGGGACCUUGAUUUAUAUAAACUGUGUUACCAGUUCCUUUUUGUUUGUUCAUAUCUCUGAAACUUAGAGCCUUUUAUUAUAAGCCAGCAAUUUUAUUUUAUAUAGGAUUGUAAAUUACAAUUCUAAAAAAUUUUUAAAAGAGAUUAGCUUUUUAAAUCUACUUGGCAUACACCUAGAUUUUUUUUCCAGUUGAGAAAAGUAAUACAAUUCCAUAGAACUAGAUUAGUAGAUUCUCUGAUUUGUAACGUCAUUCACCUCCUAUGAAGUUUUAAGUCUCUCUGGUGCUAAGAGUUGGCACUUUAUGACCUGGUGUCUUUACUCUUAAUUUGAGAGAACCUACUGCUAGUCCCCAAGAAACAUACUUGAAAAUAAGUCCACCUUUUUUCUAGUGAUAGUAAAGUCAUUGUAUUGUUCAAAGAAUCCUGAGAAAUUUGUCCCGUGUAUGUGCAUAUACACAUGUACUCUUAGUUAAAUCCUAAAGGUAGCUUUUAUUUAUUCUAUUUGAUAUUAAUAGUCAAUUUUUCAAUAUUGUCCUCAUAGGAAAUCUUCAACUUGGGUGAUUCACCCAGUUGAAGAGCAUACGAUAGGUUUAUUCACAUCAUGGUUUUUAAUGUACAACAUUCUGUUUACUAUACAUAGAACUUCUUUUUAUAGUUGAGUACCAUCACUUACUUGGAUGUCUUUCAUUAUUAGUACUGGCAGUUGGCUUUCUUUUUAGAUCCACUUUUCACAACGAAACAAAAGUUUAUCACCUAAUGAGAGUUAUUACAUUCAUCGUGUUGUGCAGACAACAAAGCAGUGUUGAGAUUCAAAUGCUGAGUGGUCAACUAGGCUCACUCAUCAACUCAUUCUCCCAUCUCAAUUUAGUCACAUGUGAUAUUUACAAAUUACUUCAUGUUAUACUGUCAGAUUAGGUUUGCCUAAAAAUAAUUGAAAUAACAAAUCCUAAACCUGUCCACAUUUUCCAGUAGUACUAAGCACCAUACUGCAUAGGAGAGACCCAGUAUUAAAAAGAGUUUUUUGUUUGUGCUUUGUGUGAUGUAAACUUUCAUACUGCCAUAAAGAAUUAAUUCCAAUUAAAACAAUAAAACUUCACUAAGAUAUCCUAAAAGCAUCUGAUCCCAGUAAUACUGAAAUGACUUUGCCUAUAGUGGUGGUCUUUAAUAAUCAGGUAUUUUAGAAUUUGUCAAAUUUCUAUUCAAAGUCCUAUACAGGAUUUGAAAAAUACUACCACCCCCAGUGUAGGCAUUUUUAUCUUGUUUUCCAAGAGUAAGUAAACCUUUAGUCCAGCCAUUUGGCUUGAAGUAUAUACCCUAAGUGCCACUGUGUGUCCCACAGUUCCACUCAGGAGGCAGUGGACUAUACAGGGCCAUCAAAUGGCCCAUUAAAAUAUGACAUGGUGUCUCUUUAUCUGCCUUAUGUUCCUUUAAAGGUGUUUAUAAAGUACUUUACAUCUUAGAUAUCAGGAUAAAUAUCUAUGUUAACUUUUCACCCCGGCAAAUCAAAAGCUUGAAGUCUGAGUCUAAAGAGCUCUCAGCACCCUACAUAAUGUAAUUCUGGCUAGUGUUAAUAUGAAUGUUUCUAAUAAAAACUUCAUUUUGAGAAUAACAGUUAAUUUUAUUCCGCAGUGAGUCUAAUUAUCAGGAAAUACAAAGGUCUAUUUUUCACAUAAUAGCAACAUGUCAAGUAGACAGGGCUUUUCAUAAAUAUUUUAUAAUUAGCAUAAUGUAGUCAGAUGUAUAAGUCUACAAAUAGUUGCAUCUAAAAUGGUUUUAGAAGGGUACUUCCAUGGCUCAGUCGGUUGAGCAUGAUUCCAGCUCGGGUCAUGAUCCCAGGUUUGUUGGAUUGAGCCCCACAUCGGGCUCCAUGCUGAGCUUGACCCUGCCUGAGAUUCUCUCUUCUCUCUCCUUCUGCCCUCUCUACCCGGCUCAUGUGCUGGCUCUCUCUCUCUCUCUCUCUCAACUAACUAAACGAACAAAUAAAUGAAUAAAUAAAAUAGUUUUAGACAUUUCCUCAUGAUUUAGAAAUCCAAAAUUAUAUGAUUACAAAUCAAAUUACAAAAACUGAGUUUAGAAGUACCUUGAAAAAUGCUUAAAUAUUACUGAUCUUACCUUAAUACCUUUUACCUUGACUUAUAUUGAUAAUUUUCACAUAAUUUGAUUCAAACAUUGAAGGUCCAUUCCGUGUUCCCCAAAAUUGUUUGCUGACUACUGAAAUAGAAACUUAGGAAUGGGAUCCAGGAAUUUGUAUUUUAUAAUCAUCCCAGAUAACUUCUACGGAUACUAGUUUGAGAAUGUCUAAUCUGCUAUGUACCAGGCACUUCAUUUGGAGUUACGAAUAGAAAAAAGGUGAGGGAAAGGCGUUGACACUGUUUUUGAAGAAAAAUUUGGUAGAGGAGACAAGUAUACAUAUAAUUACAGGGCAGUGAUAAAUCCAAUAUGAGAAUGUAUAGGAUGCAGAGAAGGCUCUAUGAGGAGGAGAAAGCUUGGUGCUUUCUAGUUAUUCUAUAAUCUCCAUUUCAACUAUACCUCAUUUUACAUACACUCAGGCACAAGGAGGUUAUGCUAUCUGUCUAAACUGGAACCAAGAUUCCAACCUAGAGAGACCCUUAAACAUACUCUUAACCACUAAGUUAGGAUGCCUUUAAAUGCCAAAUACGGGUCAGAGUUCAAGUGGUUCUUGAUUGGCAAAAUCUAUUUUUACUAAUAGUGCAAAAGAAACACCACAGCCCAUAUGUUAGAAAAUAUGAAUUCAAUAAAUGGAGUCUUAACUCAUGA